AUGCCCUUUAGUGAACUUUCAACAAGUUGUAAAUUCAUUGGAUUUUUAUCUAAUAGUUAAAUUGCUAAGUGUAUCUGCUAUCUGAAUAACGGAUAGGGGUAUGAACCAUGUGAAGAAGUACAAGCUCAAGAGCUUAGACUGCAGUUAACCUUUUAAUCCUGCCAAAGAUAUCAGGAAGAAUGGCCUCAUAAAUUUUGCGCCAACGUGAAUUCUGAAGUAGGAGUACCAAGAAGAUACAAGAUAAGGUUAAAAAUCAGCUACUUGUUAUAUAACAUUUCCCUGGAAUGAUGUCAGUCUUUGAGGAGCUUGUGUUUAUGUGGAUAUGCAGCUGCGCCAUCUAUCUUUCAAAUGGAACACUAACUUUGCCAAACCAUAAUGUCGGGCUAAAUCACGGACCAAUUACUCAAGUGCUUAUUGAUGAGCAUAGUGGACGGGUGUUCCUUGGGGGUAGGAAUACAAUAUUUCAGUUGACAGUCGACUUACACCAAGAACGGGCCGUAGUUUUAGGCCCCGUAUCUGAAAACAAACAAUGCCUUCCAUUCCCAGCUCCAUGUAAUUUUACACGCAGUGAGCAGGACACUCAAGUCAAAAUAUUAGAACUCCAUAAAAAGCUCAGGAAGUUGCUUGUUUGUGGGGAUAAGCAUCAGGGAAUGUGUACAGUCCAUGAUAAAAAUAACAUUGAACAUAUGAACUCAAUGAGUAAUGAAAAUCCAGUCAACUUUUUAGCUAGUCAGAAAUCAGUUUUUGGAUUUUUCGGAACAGGAACUUCAUUAGGCGGGCAUGAUGAUAUAUUAUAUUUGGGACAGACUUAUGAUGGAAGACCAAUGGAGUAUGCUUCUUUAGCAGUAUCAAGUAGGACAUUGCGUCAGUUACAAAAUGGAACAUACAUCACCAGGUUUCACAUGCAUGAUAACACAUUUGGUUUUAGUGGUCGUGAUAUCCAUCCAACAUUAAAACAUAACUUUAUAGUGGAUUAUAUCUAUGGUUUUGAACACCAAGGAUUUGUAUACUUUUUGACAAUCCAGCCUUACAAAGCAGAGGACAGAGACACCGAUCUGUUGGGAACCCCUAGUCAAGAUGUACAAACACGUCUAGUGAGAAUAUGUAAAGAAGACCCCUUCUACUGGUCAUAUGUGGAAGUGCCUCUUGACUGUUCAGUUGAUGGUGAAAUUUACGACAUAGCCCAAGGUGGUUAUCUUGGUACUUCAGGAACAAAAUUAAAGGAGAGUUUUAGUAAUAAUUAUUCCGGAGACAUUUUAACUGUUUCGUUUGGUAAAAAGUUGGAUGAUUCGAGGAAGACUGAUACAUCCAAAGGAUCAGCAAUAUGUGUCUUUUCCAUGGAUAUUAUUCGGAAAAAGUUUGCCAGUGUACAGAGGACAUGUUUUGGAGGAACAGGGGAAACCAUUCCAUGGAUUGUUGGUGGAAACAAACCAUGUGAGUAUAAGAGCUACAUCUUACCAACAAUUACUGAGACUUGGUGUGGAGGUAUGGACAGAGGAGGAUCUGUAAAUAGUGGCAUACAAGGUGGUAGAUUAAGAAAACGAGCGAGACUCACUGUUACCUCUACUGUGACUGGCAUUGUGACAUCACAGUAUAAUAGACGCACAUUUGCUAUGCUGGGGACUCAAGAUGGGAAAUUGCUCAAGGCUUUCAUAGACAAAGAUACAGAUGGACCAAGCAAUGAGGCUUACAUGACCUACUCUAUUGACCCUGCCUACCCUGUUGAGAGAGACAUGGCAUUGAGUCCAGGCAAUGACAGUUUAUAUGUGCUCACGGGACCUAUGGUCACAAAAUUCCCCGUCCAUUCAUGCAAGGUUUAUAAUAGUUGUGCCUCAUGCGUGACCACCCCAGACCCCCUAAACUGUGGAUGGUGUGAAGAUAUGUGUACAAGGAAGGCAGAAUGUGGACAUAAAAUAUGGACACAGGAAAGCUGUAAACCAGUCGUACAUGGGUUUGAACCAAAAAGUGGACCAUUAUAUGGUGGUACCCAAGUGACCAUAUAUGGGGAUGGAUUCGGUCAUAAUGCUCAGAUUGAGGUCACAGUUGCUACGGUGAUAUGCAACCUCAAUAAAACAGCACAUAGAACCACCAAUCAAAUUGUGUGUUCUACUGGACCAGCAGAUGAAGAAAUAGAUAGAGAAGUUCGUGUGAAAGUGGUUGACAAAACUAAAACUGACUUUACAUACAACAUUGAAGGCUUCGGGGACUCUGGGAAAGAAGCAUUUGACUACAAGAGACCAAGUGUUAAAGGGUUUUCACCGACCAUGGGCCCAGUGUCUGGGGGAACAAACAUCACAGUGACCGGGGAGAAUCUAAACAUUGGGUCUUCUCAGCAGGUCACUCUGGGACUAGGCGUGGCUGAAUGUAUCAUCUACAACAUAUCCUCCAGUUUAAUCCAGUGUACCACCCCACUAUGGGUAAAUGCCUCCUCUGGCAGUGCUGUAACUGAAGGAAAAGUUAGUGUGGUUAUAGACAGGACACCUCUCCCCUUCGAAGGAACAUUUACAGUCACCCCUGACCCUACCAUAUCACAUGUCAAGCGAUUUUCAAGUUUUAGCAGUGGAGGAAUUCCUAUUCAAAUCCUUGGGAGCAACUUGCAUGUGGUACAACACCCUAGAAUGGCCAUCUUUACUCCCUCAGAUCCAGUACAUCAUGUUUCAGAUUGUCAACCUAACUUCAACGGGACAUUUAUGAUAUGUCCUGCUCCAAGCAUUAAACCUAUGUCACCUAGGCAACCAAGCAGCUCUAGAGCACCAUACACAACCAAUCCUGUCAGGAGAGACAGAUCGAUCAAUAUACCUAGGCAAGACCAAGUGAUCAACAAUGCAAGGAAAGACCAAUCAAUCAAUAAGACCAAUGGACCCAUAAUGUAUCAGAUGUACUUCAUAAUGGAUGGUGUAGAAAAUUUGAGAAACUUUUCUAGCAUUGCUCCAGACAUGAGUUUGAUCAUGUACUACCCUGAUCCUGUCUUCUACAAGUUCCCAGAAGAGGGGAAUAUCAGACGGUUUCAUCUUGAGGAAACACACCUUGAUAUAAAGGGAGCAAACUUGAACAAUGCAGCCAUAAUUAGUGAUUUCACAGUGACCUUAGGUAACGAUAGAUGUAUUGUGACAUCACUCUCUCCAACAGUCUUGAUGUGUCAUCCAAGCAGACGUCCAAGUCAAAUUUCCCAAAAUGAACCAAAGCGAAAAGUUGAGGUGAUUGUUGGUAACCUUCACUUUAACAUUGGCCACUUGGAAUACUAUUCAGGGGGCAGAGGUGUCCAUUUAGCUGCUGUGGUGGUACCUGUCAUUGUUUUUCUUAUCUUCUUCACCAUUUUGAUUAUCAUAUGCUGUGUCCUACACAAAAAUAGAAAGUGGCCCUUUAAGCCAACACUUAAUGACCUGCAAGUAGUAGAGUUCCAUGCCAAUAUUGAAAAUAUGUAUGAGACAACGGUACCUGGACGUAGGGCUAACAUUCCUACAGUUGGUGCUCUGAGGUCAGUAGUUGGAGAGGAGGAGCCUCUCCUUGGUGAUGAUGACAUCAGACUGAUGAUUGACAGGGAGGAUUUGAUACUGGGGGAGGUUCUAGGAAAAGGUCACUUUGGUUGUGUUUACAAAGGAUCACUGAGAGUGCAAGAUGAGAAGGCAGACAGAAUGGUUGCUGUCAAAACGUUACAUGAGGAUAAUAAUAUCACUGAUGAGGCAUUGAGGACAUUCCUGAAAGAAGCAUUGAUAAUGAAAGACUUCAACCACCCCCAUGUUUUAACCCUGCUAGGACUGUGUCUCAACCCUGGGGAAAUGCCACUGGUUGUGUUGCCAUUCAUGUCACAUGGUGACGUCUUGAGUUAUAUCAGAGAUGAGAAAAAUAGUCCCACAGUAAAGUCUCUGUUAGAAUUUGGUGUUGAGAUAGCAUCUGGUAUGUCAUAUCUUGCCAAGUUGAAGUUUGUCCAUAGAGAUCUGGCAGCCAGGAACUGUAUGUUAGAUGAGGAUAUGAAGGUGAAGGUGGCUGACUUUGGUCUAUCUAGAGAUGUCUAUGAGAGGGACUACUAUAGUAGUGAUAACAAGAAGACAAAACUCCCGGUGAAAUGGCUGGCCCUAGAGAGUAUGGAGAAGGGGGUCUACAGUGAAAGAUCGGACGUGUGGUCAUAUGGAGUUUGUCUCUGGGAGCUGAUGACCAGGGGAGUGUCCCCAUAUCCCGAAGUAGAUGGCUGGGAUAUGGUCCGCUAUCUCAAGUCAGGGAGGAGACUGCCUCAACCGACAUACUGUCCAAAUGAAUUAUACCGUAUAAUGUAUGAUUGCUGGAAUCCAAAACCGAAAGCCCGUCCAACCUUUGAUGAACUUCAUGACAUGGUAGCUAAUUUGAUAACAAAUCUGCAGAGGGACACUGAACGCUUCAGGGUUAAGACUGAUGUGACAUACGUUAAUAUACCAUCACUUACAUCUGACCAUUACAGCAUGGCUGGAGCAACACAGUCUGAAGAUGAGGCUGACUAAACUUAAUGAUUCCAACACGAAGUAUUGGCAUAAUUGGCAACCAAGAUUCCAGAUUUUUAUUUGCCUGGAAAGGAACAAUUUGGUAAUAAUAUGUAUUACGAUGAUGUUCGUCUCCUGACUCCGGACCCAAAAAUUUACUGUAGCUAUUUAUACAAGCUGACUCAUUUGAAUCACGUUCCCCCAAAGUCAUGAUGUCAUAUAAUUGGCAAGGAAUACUGUAGGCCAAUCACCCUUGCCUUUCACUAAAAUAAGAGCUCAACUAUGUCAACACAAUUUUUAUAAUAACAGAUACUGAGUCAGAAAAAUCAAAGUGAAGAGAUGUGAAGUUUAUCCUUUAUUUCACAUUAUAGUAAACUUAAUGUAUUGUUAUCAUGUGUAUAUGUUCAUAUGUGU